CCCCGUGGAGACGUGCAGGCGCCCGCGUAGUUAGACGCUGAGGUGGCGGCGGUAUUGCCAACAUGGAGCUGCCGCAGAUUCCGGAGCUGAUGGGGCUGUCGCUGCUGCUUGGGCUGCUGGCCCUGAUGGCGACGGCGGCGGUAGCGCGGGGGUGGUUGCGCGCGAAAGAGGAGACAUGUGGCGGGCCCGUCGGCCAGAAAGCAAAUGGAUUUCCACCUGACAAGUCCUUGAAAUCCAAGAAGCAAAAACAGCAGCGGAUUCGCAAGGAGAAGCCUCAACAACACAACUUCACCCACCGCCUUCUGGCUGCAGCAUUGAAGAGCCACAGUGGGAACAUAUCUUGCAUGGACUUUAGCAGCAAUGGCAAGUACCUGGCCACCUGUGCAGAUGAUCGUACCAUCCGCAUCUGGAGCACCAAGGACUUCCUGCAGAGGGAACACCGUAGCAUGAGAGCAAAUGUGGAGCUGGACCAUGCCAUCCUGGUGCGCUUCAGCCCUGACUGCAGAGCCUUCAUCGUCUGGCUGGCCAGUGGAGACACCCUCCGUGUCUUCAAGAUGACCAAGCGAGAGGAUGGGGGCUAUACAUUCACAGCCACCCCAGAGGACUUUCCUAAAAGGCACAAGGCACCCAUCGUCAACAUUGGCAUUGCUGACACAGGGAAGUUCAUCAUGACUGCUUCUAGUGACACAACUAUCCUCAUCUGGAAUCUGAAAGGUCAGGUGCUGUCUACCAUCAACACCAACCAGAUGAACAAUACAUAUGCUGCUAUAUCCCCCUGUAGCAGGUUUGUGGCCUCGUGUGGCUUUACCCCAGAUGUAAAAGUUUGGGAAGUCUGCUUUGGGAAAAAAGGGGAAUUCCAGGAGGUUGUGCGAGCUUUUGAACUGAAGGGCCACUCUGCAGCCGUCCACUUCUUUGCUUUCUCCAAUGACUCCCGGAGGAUGGCCUCUGUCUCCAAGGAUGGUACGUGGAAAUUGUGGGACACAGAUGUGGAAUACAAGAAGCAGCAGGACCCCUACUUGCUGAGGACAGGCCGCUUUGAAGAAGCGAGCACCACGUCAUGUCGCCUGGCUCUCUCCCCUGACGCCCAGGUCUUGGCUUUGGCCAGUGGCAGCAGUAUUCAUCUCUAUAAUACCCGGCGGGGUGAGAAGGAGGAGUGCUUUGAGCAGGUCCAUGGGGAGUGUAUCACUGACUUGUCCUUUGACAUCACUGGCCGGCUUCUGGCCUCCUGUGGGGACCGGGCGGUGCGGCUCCUCCACAACACCCCUGGCUACCGGGCAGUAGUGGAAGAAAUGCAGGGCCUCCUGAAGCGGGCCUCCAAUGAGAGCACCCGCCAGAGGCUGCAGCAGCAGCUGACUCAGGCCCAGGAGGCCCUGAAGAGCCUGGGUGCCUUGAAGAAAUGACUCUGAGAGGGACAGCAGAAAGGAGCUGGCCUUCUGCUGCCACGACUGCUGCCACUUUUCCCGGGUACUCCCCAGCUGGAACCCUUGAAAGGAGUGUUCUGAUUUUCUUAAUGGUGACUCCUCUUUCCUUUUUCCCAUUGAAACUAUUCUUGCCUACUUAGAUCUCUCUCUUUCCUUGCUGGUUGUGACUCCUGGCCUUACUUGACCUCCCACGCUAAUAACCAAGGUGCUUCUCUUUUUCCUGGGACCAAGGAGUAGAAUCUAACUUCACCAGACACUGAGGAGAGUGGUAAUUAGAAGAGAGAGAGAACAUGGUUUUUGACCUUGUAGCAACACACCCUGGUAUCCAAAGAAGUUUGUAAUUGUGGAAGCAAAGCCUAGGGGACACCUGACUACUAACCAGCAGUUUUGAGGGGUGGGAGAUUGGGAUAUCUUCCAAUUCCAGAACUGUGGUAUGGCUUCAGGGAAAAGAUUACCUUAAUCCAGGCAAAGCAUCUAACUCCAUCAAAAAGUAAUUAAGGGAUUUCAUUCUGUGCCUCAGUUUUCUCAUUUGUAAAACGGAGAAUAUUUGGCUCUGCUUUAAGUUGUGCAGAGGAAUCAUAAUCAGAAGGUGACUCUCUGUCUCUCAUGAGGUUAUAUCCUGUUUGAGGAGAACCCCUGAUCAGUUCAUCAGACAUUGGAGUGCCUACUCUGUGCCCAGCACAGCACUGGGCACUGGAGAUAAAUGUGAAUUAGGACAUGAUCUCUGCCAUCAGAGAUGGCUGGUGGGAGAAAGGUACACAUGUCUAGGAAGUGCUUCUUGUUAGUUUAUUCAUAGCUGAAGGAGGCUGUUGUAAAAGUCAAGGCAAGAGGACUGAGUCAGGACAGAGGCAAUGGGUAUGAAGUUAAGGGGUUGAUUUGAUAGGAGAUUCAGUGUUUAGAAGUUCAAAUUUUUGGACUUUGAGGACUGCGUGGAUGUGAGAGGUAAGGGAAAUGAGGAAUCUAGGAAGACUUAAGCCUAGGCAAAAUUUAUUCAUCCAAAAUAAAUUCUUACUCCCUCUCUCUAAAACUGGGACCUCCCCUAGUGACCCCUAACUCAUAUAAAUGUCUGAACAAGUCACAACCUUGGAGUUAUCCUUAAUUACUCUCUUUUCACUACUUCCACCGCCUUACUACACUACUAGUACCCACUCCAUCAGAAAAUUCUUUUGGUUACAUUCCAGGUAUUUUCUGAAUCUGCUACCUCUUUCCAUCUUUUCUGUUAACCAUCCUGGUUCUAGCCACUGUCUCCUACUGGUCUACUAGAAUAUAGCGUCCUCAUUGGCUUCCCUGCUUCCUCUCUUGCCUUGUUAAGUAAUUUUUCUAUGUACUAGAGUGACCUUUUGAAAAUGUAAAGGUCACAUUGUUCCCAAGUUAAAAUCCUCCAAAGACUUCCCAUCACACUUGGAAUAAAAUCCAAAAUUCUUACCAUGACCUACCUGGUCCUAUAUAAUCUGGCUUCUUCCUUCCUCUGUGGUCUUGUUACCACUCUCCCAGCCACCCCACUCUUGCUCUGAGGGGACCUGUGCCAAGGUUUUUCUCUGCUUAGAUGCAUUUUUCUCUUCUGUUGGCAGACUUGUCAUGUUUGUCGUAAUUCCGUUCUCAGUUUCAGUUACGCUUCAGAGAGACCCUCCCUGACCACCCAUUCUGAAGUAGCCCUUUCCACCAAUCAUAUCACAUUAGCUUAUUUUAUUUUAUUUUAUAUUACUUAAUACUAUCUGAAAUUACCUUGUUUGGAUAUUUGUUGGCUUCAGGGGUUUCAUCUUAAAUGCUUAUGGAUGUCAAGUGGAUAAUAUAAAUGUGUGAAUUGGGCCACAGUUGUCUGGGUGUAAGACAGUAGGAAAUGGUGGGGACUGAAGUGAUCUCUAAAGGGCCUAAGUCCUGGAUAAGGGGCAGGGGUGGUUGCUACUUAUUAUUUAGGAAUCCAGCAGAAGUUGUCUGUUUCAGAAAAGGUAGAAGUUGGUGAUCUAUUAUAAAGAAAAAAUUAAGCACUGUAUGGAGCAAACAAAACACUAAUGUGGGCAGGAUGUGGUCCAACAAUCUCUUUUGGCAGCUUUUGGAUUGUUCAUUAACCCACUAGAAUGUGAGCUCCACAAGAAUCCUUGUCUGUUUGAUUUGCUUUGUAUCCCAGACUACCUGGGAUACAGCAAGCACUCAGUAAAUGUAGAAUUCAAACCAGGGCAGUUGACAGAAAUUUCAGUUCCCUCUGUGUACUGUGGUUUUAUGUUCCCAAUUUCCACUGUGAUUUUCUGUUCCUAAUAACAGACUUAUGAUUGAUAAUGCUAUGCACAUGGGUCCUGUUGAAUAUUUGCUUUCUGAUUGUCAGAAGGAGACUAAAACACUUCUUUGCAUAUCUGCUUGGCUCUGGCUCUGGCUUUACUUUCAGUGUAUAUCCAGGAGAGGAAGUAACUUCCGAAUGUUGAGCUACUGAAGUCAGAAGUCUUCAGUUCCAGUUUCAGCUGGGCACUUACUGACUUACGACUUUGAGCAGACAAAGCACUUGACCCCUCUGAGUCUGUUUCCUCAUCUGUAAAAUGGGACUAAAUCUUGUCCUGCGUGUCUUUCAGGGCUGUGAAUUUCUAACAAGAUGAGUGAAAGCACUACAAAAAAUUAGAGACUUCCUGAGGACAGAAAGCGUCUCUCACUAAAGCUCCUCUCACUUCUCUUGUAAGCAUGGAGAAGUUACCUGGAUAUUAAUGUAGACCAGAGGCCAACGUGUUUUUUUGAUAAAAAAUCCUUGUGUGUGAAAGCAGCAUUAAUCCUUAAACAUUACUAUUUCAACUUAUGUGGGUUUGAAAUUUUUCAAAAUAAAAAUUUGGAGAAAUACUAAAAA